UAUAAAAUUUAACUGUUUGCAGACAUUAUACUAUUUGGAUUUCCAUAUAUUAAAAAAUUCAAAAGUUGAUUACAAAUACAUAUAUAAACUUGUAAUAUAUGGUCAUAUAAUAUAAAAUACAUAAAAUAAUACAAUGGCACUCCUAAGUCAACAGAAUGAUCUAUGAGAGAAUAAUGUACAUUAAAAGCGUUUAAUAGACCAACUUAUACACAAUUGGCAUAAUUCACUGCAGAGAGUUGCUAUGUCUAAUUCAGUCCUCGAUCAUAUUAAGUCAGUACAUGAUCUUUCCACUCAAAUUGUAAGCGAACUUGGUACUACAGAUAUAGCAAUUGGGGACGCAACUGCGGAAAUCAUGAUAACGACACUUGGUAAAAUUCCAAAUGAAAUGUAUUAUUUGGAAGAUACAACUGCCGGUAGGAAAAUUGGCGCUUACAGCACCGAGUCGCGCACAAUACUGGAUCACAGUCAUAUCACCCUGGCUUCGACCGUCAAAUCCGACGAAUACCCCGGACGUUCAACGUUGCUAAUCAUUUUGCUGACCACUCUCCUAAUUAUAUUAUUCAUGUGUUGCGUCACAGCGUGUAUUAUCGCAAAAUCCAGGGGCAGGCACGCUUUCCUCGCGAAGAGCGACGUCGAGUGUAGUCCGGAUUGCGGGGGUGUAAACCAGCCUCUGCUGGACAAGGCUUCCGACGCGACCACCAGAACUAGCUCGACGAGAAACUGAGAAGGGCACAUUUUUACGUCGAGCGUCUCGAAUAUUCUUUAACUUCAUUGAAGAACCCGACAAAGUAUCUCGCUGGAGUAACUGUUCUUAACCUCAAAAUUGUCACACAAAUUGUCGCGAGAUUGUCUACGUACGAAAGCGAAGAACGCGUCCCUACGUCCGAUAGAAAGAUGAAAUCAGAAGGAAAGAGAAAAGGAAAGAGGAGAUGCGGAUGAGAAACAAACGAUCUUGUGAUGAGAGGUGGCUUACCAGGUUUAACCGGCGUCGCUGUGGACGCCGGAGUGGUGCCGAACGCGAACGUAGGUGCGGGCGUCGAUGUGGACGCUCCGAAG